AGUGGCUUUAUUUAUCAAUGACGUAACGAGUGGACCUGCGGAUCGGACAUGUUGUAGAUUUACAGCUUUCCGAAAGUUCAGCAGCGCUCUGGCGGAUGAUGAACAGCUGUAUCAGUCUGCUUCGUGAUAUUUCAAACUAUGUUUUAAGUCGACUGACUUAAAGUGGAGGUUAGAGCUGCCGUCUGUUCACUCUCUCUCUCUUUCACCAGCCAGUGAGCCACAUUUACUGUUACCGUUACUGGGCCCUUACAGUGGGAACACACGCUGAGCUUUCCAGAGCUGUAAAAACUGUGAAAGUCCUCUUAAAUACCUUUGCGGAGCUGAGGGACUGAGCGGAGUAUGGAUGUCCAUGGUUUCCAUGUCUGUGCACACAGAGAGACCGCGAAGAAGUGCCUGAGAGGAAGGAGAAGAAGAACUGAGCUGCGAGUAGCAGCUGGUGGAGCUCAGAGCAGCAGGCCGAGCUUCAUGAGAUAGUUUCAUUACUCCUGAGUGGCUCCAGCAGCUGUUUGUGGAUGUUAAUCUACAGUUAUGAGGCUCAAGGCAGUGACUUUGUUGUUGUAUGGACUUACAUGGCUCUUUCUGAUGAAAUGCUGCAACUCCAGACCGAGUCAGGACUGCGACACCGGCCAGACAAAGCUGGAGACAGAUCUUCCUCAGUCUGAUGAGCUCACGUGCCCGGAGCCGUGGCCACACUCAACUCUGAGGCUUGCUGAUAUUUCUGUCAAGCACCCCCUUCAGCCAGCUGAGCACAUCUGCAUGAAUAUGCCCAUCAAAUACAAUCACACCAUUCCAAACAGUGGAGCUCACAGGCCUGUGGGAGCAAUGAGCGGCGAGUACCUGUACUGCCCCCCUCAGCGCUGGCUAAACAACCUGAAGGAUGGCGCAGCAGUGCUGCUGUAUCACCCCUGUGCCUCAGAGGAUGCUCGCAGGGGUCUGGCUUUGAUGGCCCACUCCUGCCUUCCUCAUUACAUCCUCACAGCUCACCCCCAACUCAGCCAACGCAGACCUUUUGCUUUGGCCUCCUGGGGUCAUACACUAGAGAUGUCCCAUGUGACCUCAUCAGGAGUUUGUGAGUGGUUGCUCACAGCUUUUUCCAGCCUUAAUCAAUCCAUGGAAAGCCAACGACCAAAGUACAGCCUGUUUUUGACAAAGGCAGCUCCUGUGGACAGAGUUCUGGGUGUUACUGUAAAGUCUCUGAGAGCGUGCUGCGUGGAAGCUCUGUCAGCAUACGAGUGGACUGCAGCGAGAUCGAGGAAGAGCCGGGCAGCCCUCCAGACCCAAAAAAGGGAAGUGAAGAGGAAAGAUGAAGCAAAACUGUCUGAAAAUUCUGCAUUUAACAGCUCAGAGUUUGAAAAGCUGAACUCUACAAAAACACAAGUGCUGAACAUUGCUGAGGAUAAAGAGACACUCUCGACUGACUCUCGUGGUAGCCAUGUUACAUCCGCCCUCCUCGCUGCCAUAGAAACAGAUGAAAGGACGACAGCCGCUCAAAGAAAGCCGACCAAUAGCCACAGUAAAGGUGAGACAGGACAGGAAGAGGUGGUGGGGACUUCAAAAACAGAUGUAAAGACUUACAAGAAGACUGAGCUGGAAAUUCAGAAGCACCGUGUUAAAACUGAUACAGAGGAACAGGGUGCUAGAGGUGGCUGUGGAGGGCCAGGUCAGUGCAGAGCUCCAGACACAGCAUCUCCAAAAAUAGGUGGGCCGCUGCGAGGCCACAGGAUUCCUACACCGCGCACUGAUGAGGCCGUGUGGGCGGCCGCAGCACUGGGCUUUCUCUUAGUGCUGCUCACACUCUCUGUGCUCCACACACGUCUUUACCGCAACUGGCGCACGCCACCCAGCCUGUACUGGCACGAGACUCAGCAAGACUACGAGAGCGUGGCAGAUAUCAUUCGAAGGAGAUUGAGAAUGGUGGGGAGGAGGAAGAGGAGAGCCAGCCAGAGCAGGAGACAGGAGUGCCCCCUGCUGCCUGACUCCAGCACUGACAAUGAGUCGGACUGAUUUGCUCACUGCCUUGAGCGCUCUCUGCCUUUACAGGUUGACAACACUGCUUAUUUGUGUGGAAUAUACACAAGACAAGGAUUUCAAUCACAGAGACUGUAACAGGUGCAUUCAUUCCAUACCAAGGAGAUUCCUAAGCAUGAAUGCUAUUCUGACUUGAAUUUAGGCAUAAGUUUUAUUGAAGCAUUUCAGUUAUCGCUGAAUACUCAUUAAAAAAGUUGUUUUUCAUGGUAUAGUUGAAGGUAGUUCUUGGGACAUUUUGCAAAACACAUUUGCAUGUCAGCCAAGAAAGGAAGGGAAAAAAGCACAAGUUUUAUUAUUAAGUGAUGCAUAUCUAUUUUCCUGAAAAUAAGUGUGUCAUAUAAACAUAAGCAAUGGGCUCUUGCUCUUGUGUAUUUUGAACUCUUUUUAUUACCUGGUGAAGAAGAAAGUUUUGGUUUGGUAUGCCAUAAUACAGGGUAUUGCAUUUUUGCAUGUGUACGGUCGGUUACUGAUACAUGGCAUUGCACUUCGAUAGGCUAGGAUGGAUUUUUUAUAACAAGCCUAGAAGACUCUCUUACAAGAAAGGUGUAGAAAGUUGUCCAUACUAAAAGUGCACUGUAAGGUCCUCUCUGCUGGUGAGGAUGAGCAAUCUAGAGUUCUUUGUAAAGAGAAGCAACAGGACUCACCAGGAGAUGGCAGCAGUGCUGCAAUAGACAGAUUCAGUGAAUAAUACGCAAAGACAGAAAUACUGUAGACACUAUAUGUCCAGAAGUUUGCAGACACCUGCCUAUCCACAGUUUCUUCUCGUGUCUUAUUGUGUCAACAGUGAGUGCACCUUAAAGCAGCUGCCCUCACUAAUUAGAAGAGCUGUCUGGAUACUUUAGGACACACAGUUUAUCUAUCACAAUGAAUUAUAUGCCAAAUACUAAUAAUUUAAACGAUGUGACACAUCUGCAAAUGCCAAAUGUGGAGUAUUUCAGGAUUCUAACACAUUUCUAAAUCUUUUUUUAAAGGUACAUGUAAUGCAAUUGCUGUAUUAACUAUUCACAUGGUAGGUACAGUACAUGCCUAAUAUCAAUAUCUUGUCAAAAGCUUUUCAUAUAUUGUUUGGCACAUAUUGAUUUCAUUGAAGUGUAAUAGCUUCUCUUACAUUAUCAUUUCUCUUCACCAGGUUUUAAAACAUGGGACCGUACGAGAUUAAGAGUGCUGAUCUGGGAUCAGAUCUCUUUACCAUGCAAUCAUAGUCAAUUGUGUUUUAUGCUGAUAAGUACAGUUUUUGUACUGUAAAUAAAGAUGUUUUUGGAGUGA